AUAAAAGCGAGUAGUCCGAAGAUAACCGUUUAUUUAAGAUCUCUACGGUCGAACUGUCAUGAAGGUGGUGUCACUUUUAGGCGUGGUGUGCGCGGUGCUAGGCGGAGUCGCCGGCGGGGCUGUGUCCUGGCCAGGAGCACCAUUAUCUUUAUCAGCCGCUGUACUUAAUCAUCACACAGUCAUACCGGCACAAACGAAAGCCUUCGGCUUUUCAACAACACAAUAUAUUAAUACUCCACCAGUUGCGUACAAUCCUUAUGGAUUUGUUCCGCAGUUCACGUACCAAGUGCCACACUUUAGUGGUAUUUCAGCAAUUCAACCGGGUUUCGUUCCCGCACCCGGUCAUACAUAUUAUCCGGCUAGCGUUUUUUACCCUCAAGGACAAAUCAUACCUGCCCUGCCUCCUGGCCCACCAUCUAACCAACCCGCUCCUGCAGGCAACCCUGAGCAGCAGCCCAACGACGAACAGCAGCCUACUGGUGAUGCAGAUACAGCUGUAGUUGAUUCAGCAGAUUUUACACCACAAAGCCAACAACAGCCAAAUCCAACUGAAUCGAAUUCCCAAGCCCCUUCCCCGUUGCCGCCAGUGAGUUCAUUCCCAAGUUUUCCUAAUUUCCCUCAGAUUCCCCAGGCUGGACAACCGCAAUUUCCCCAAAUACCUCAAGGACCCAGCCUACCAUCGUUCCCGCAAAUUCCUCAAGUACCAGGUCAAAUACCAUAUCCUCCCAUCCCACAGUUUCCCCAAGCACCAGGGCUUCCCCAGUUUCCUCAAAUACCACAGAGCCCCAUGUUUCCUCAGUCCCCAUCACCUUCGCCUCCAACGUCUUACCCAGGCGACGCUAACGGUGACAAGGGAUUGAACGAUGAAGAUACAAUAUCUGUGGAGUCUGCCUAGUUUAAUAAAAAAUUCUCUUCAGGUCAUAAAGAA